AUGUCAAGUAUGCCGUUGGUGAAUCAAAUUGAACCGUUCAUUCCCGGAACGAUUCCGUUUGCGCAGUUUCUGGAGCAACUGGAUUGGGUGUUUGCGCAUCAUAAAGUGACCAGUGAGGAAGAUCAAAAAGUGUCGUUUUUGGCUACUUGCAGUAGAGAAGUGUACAGUGAGCUGAAGCUUCUUUUUCCCGGAAGGGAUUUAAAGACCGUGUCUUUCAAGGAGAUUACGGGCGCUCUCAGGAAGCGGUAUGAUAAAACGGAAAGUGAUUUGAUUCAACGUUACAAGUUUUACCAACGUGUCCAAGGUCCGAGUGAGAGCGCGGAAGAUUUUAUACUCGCUGUCAAGCUCCAGGCAGAGAUGUGUCAUUUCGGAGAGUUUAAGGACAUGGCGAUUCGCGAUAAAUUGGUUUGCGGUAUUAGCGACAAGGACUUGCAGCAGCGUUUAUUCGAUGAAGAGGAUUUAACGCUGGCUAAAGCGGAGAAACUCAUCGUAAACAGAGAAUUAGCAGGAGCGAGAGCUAAACUGAUCUCUGGCAAUUCCAAUCGUAACAAGAGUAAGACGGUCAAGUUUGUCGAUUCUCCUGCAGAAAAGCCCAAGAUGACUGAGUAUCAGAAAAGUUUGAGACGUCGUUUAAACAGAUCUGUUUCGGAUGACGAGAUGGAUUGUAUGCUAAUCUCAUCGAUCAACAGAAUUAACGAACCAUGUUUUCGCAAUGUUUAUGUUGACGGUUUGAGGUUGAGAAUGGAAGUUGAUUGUGGCGCUGCAGUUUCCGUAAUCAGUUUGGAGAUGUACGAGGGAGAUUUCGAUCAUAUUCCGCUACAAAGAUGCGACAAGAAGUUAGCAGUGAUCAAUGGAAGCCGUUUGAAGGUUGAAGGACAGAUUGAGGUUAAGGUCGAGCUGAAUGGACGCACAAAGACUGUUGACCUAAUUGUUUUGCGAAACGGCAGCGGUUUCACUCCAUUACUGGGACGAGAUUGGUUGGAUGUGUUUGUUCCAGAUUGGAGGAAGGCUUUCGGAAACAAUAUUAAUCAACUGUCGGUUUCACCAGAUCAGAUCGUUGCAGAGAUACAAAGUUAA